AACUUAGAGAGCACCCCAAUAAUCUUGGGAUUCUGUCCAGACCUUUAUGGGACCUGGAAAGGAAGUGGGUGGGGAAAUGAAAUGUUUGAGGUGGAGGCUGGGUAGGGGAAACGAGAGGAAGAAAUUGGGGUAGGAACCCUUCUAGGAGCAGGCCCUCUUCUGCUUAAGUUGAAACUCAGAGAAGCUGUGGGCUGGUCCCAGAGGAAGGGGGCCAUAGGCUAGAUCUAUGCUAGAAGAUUAAGCUGAUACACAGUCCCCUUACUCCAUCACUGUCCCCCCAAACCCUGCAGGGCUCAGGGCACAAGGCAGGAAGCCUGGCAACUUCUUUUAUGAGCCCCAAAUUGCAAGGAGGUGGCAAUUAGCCCUCAGUGGGUCUGAGGAAAGAAACAAUGUGCCUUGUCUUUUGAGGCUUGGAGGGGCCCUGGUGUGGUGCCCUUAAAAGUGGCUGUUGUUCUGGGAGUACCUAGGCCCUCAGUCUUCCCCAGUUCCCAUCUCUUAGACUCCAAAAUCAGGAAACAACCCCAGUAAGACUGCUUCUGAUGGACCCCAUCUAGUAGUUCAUUGUGGUGUCAGAGGCCCACUCACUGGUAGUUUCCUGCAUCCCCUUCCCAAAUCCAUUUCUAGGAACUUAAUCAUUGGUGAACUGAGGUUGUGGAGCAGGACUUCAGAGGUUACAUUUGUCAUUGGAUUAAACUGCUUCAUACCCAUCAGAUGGGUUCAUGAAUAUGUGCAAUUGUCUCAAAAAUCUUGGGUCCCCAAUCAACAUGUGCCAUUGGUAUUCUCCCAGAGCACAGGCAUAAAAAUUCUAGCUAACCUUGGCUUAAGCAGAUGGAGGCUAAAACCUUUCUAUGUCAUAAUUAUAGUCUCAUUUUUGAUCCCCAUGAAUCCUCCUGACCUUUAAUUUAUAUUCUAACCCUAACCACAGUCUAUUCUGUCUUAGACCCCAAAUUCAAUUCUAACCCAGCCAUAAUAAUCCCAAUUCUACAUCAACCUUUGAGCUGUAACUGCAUUCUCAAGCGUACCUUUAAAUGAAACUAAAAUCCUAUUCCUUAUCAUAACAUGGAUUCUGGCCAUCACACUUAACCUCAGUUCUAGUUGUUAUGCUAACCCUAAUCUCAACCUUAAUUCCCAUCUCAACCUCAAAUCUGACCUCAGCCCCAUUCAUGAUUCCAACUAACCCCAACCUUCACCCCAGCCUUAAUCCAGCCCUCAUCUCAACUCUGACAUUGGAUGAAAUCCAGAACCCAAUGAAACUCCAACCCUACACUUCAAUUUAAUGAAAUAACAAUCUUACUCCUUUCUUUUCAGUCUCCCUCUUCCUGGUCCCACCUGUUGUCCCUUCCACCCAUCACUGACCUUGCAUACUUUGUCCCCAUAGGUGGGCCUAGUAACCUGUAAGGUCACCAAGCUGUUUUUCUCCGACCACUCUGGAUCGAGAAUCAGUAUGCCUGGAUGUCCCCCACAAAGGCCCUAGCAGCAUCACCUGAACUGAAUUCUUAUGUUUCUCCAGGCUUCUGUUCCCACUUUAAAAAGUGGGGAUAAUGACCUCUGCUUUCCAGAAUGUGCAGGGCAAUCCUAUGAACCUCAAAAUAAAUAAGGAAAUGAGGAUAUCUGGUGGGUCCCAGAACACCCUGUUAUUGUUGGAGGUGUGGGUGGGGGGUUUGGAAUAUAGUGAUGCAUGGGUUCCUUGUGCUUCCUUAUUGUUCUGUCUUAUUUUUCCAGAAGGGGCAGGCCCUGGCAGUGUCCUUGAGUCUCAUAACCCUUCCCAAGAUUCUUCCUCCUAUCCUUCUUGUGCCCUCUAUCGGGGAGAAGGGUGGGCUGUUGAACAGGGUCACUCAUGACCUGACCCACCUCUCCUAAAGCCCACGGGAGGCCUCGGUCCUAUUCUGGCCCCCCUGGACCAACUAGCAAGGGUUGUCCCCCACGUUCCCCCUCUGCCCACCAGAACCAUCCCACUCCAUCUCUAACCUGCCCAGAACUUGCUGGCUUAUGCCCUGAUGAACAGUCUAAGUGAUGAGGGACCUUGGUUUCCCUUCCUGUGUGAAGCAAGGACACCAAACACUAAAAGAAAUGCACACAGGGGGCUUAGCCUUCCUCAGUAGAGAUAUAGCACAUUCCAGUGAGUGGGCACACACACAGGCACACCCCCUUCCCUCGCCCUCUUGGUGCUAUUCUCCCCAACAUCCCCUCACUAACCCAUGUACUUGCUGUGCUCCCUGCACAUAUCUUGGUCUUUCUCCCUUCAGGCCUCACUGAACUGGUUUUAGUUCAGUGUGGGAGGUUGGGCUGGAUCCCUAUAACACCCCCACUCCCAGUGAUCCCCUAUAUUCAAGGAUGACCUUGCAUCAGGUAUGGGUUGGGUGCAUAGCUCCAAAGGGGGCAGCCAGGAGAAGACCCUGAUCCCAAACACACCCCUUUCCUCUCUCAUUUAGCUUAGGAGGGCUGACUCCUUUUGAAGGGUCAGAGGCCUCAGGUGAAAGGCAGGUUGGGCAUUCCUGGGUCCCAUUCAUCUGCCUGGACCUUCCCUCCAGCCCUAGUAUCCCCUUCCCUGGUGUUCCUUCCCACUGACCUGGGUAGGGUUGAGGGGGGUAUCUGUCAGUAGAUCAGGAACAGGAGGGGGCACGAUUUGUAAAGUGUGUCAGACCCCUGUACCCUGGGGUCAGUGUUAGCCCUACAAAGCUUAGACACCCUUCCUCCUCAAGCCUGGCUACUCCUUCCUCUUCCAUUUCCCCUGAGGAAGAAGGCAACAAACCUGAGUAGUGAGAGGAGCUCAUGCAUGUCGUAAAAUGGGGUGACUGCUGUCACCUGAGGAAGAUGGGGCCAGGAGGAAGUGGAAGUUUAACAGGUGCCUAAUUAUAAGUCCCACUGGCAAUCCUGCCUCACUCUCUGGACAGGGAAGAGCUUGGGUGAUGGCUGGGUAGGCCAUUCUGUCACCCUGAUAAUUAGGGUUUUUGGGACUCCUCCCUGAGGCGGGGACCAGGCCCCCUCCCUUCCAUACAAAUAACUCUGGCUGUUCUGCAGCUGAGCACUCAUUGCACCUUCUUGCCACCCUGGGCAGCGUCUGGGUCCUCAGCUCCCCCUUCUUCUACGCAUUCCCACAAACGCACUACCACGGCCCGGGCCCACCCUGGCCCCACAGCCACCAGCCCAGGGAUACCCAGCCCAGGCGGAGGAAACACCGAGCCUAGAGACAUGGGAGUUCGAGGAGCAUUCCACCUUCUACUCGUGUGCUUGAGCCCAGCACUGCUGUCCUCUGUGCGGAUCAACGGGGAUGGCCAGGAGGUCCUGUACCUGGCAGAAGGUGACAAUGUGAGAUUGGGCUGCCCCUAUGUUUUAGACCCUGAGGAUUAUGGUCCCAGUGGGCUGGACAUUGAGUGGAUGCAGGUCAAUUCAGACCCCUCACCUCGGGAGAAUGUGUUCCUUAGUUACCAGGACAAGAGGAUCAACCAUGGCAAUCUCCCCCACUUGCAACAGAGGGUCCGCUUUGCAGCCUCAGACCCCAGCCAAUAUGAUGCCUCCAUAAACCUUAUGAACCUACAGGUAUCUGACACAGCCACUUAUGAGUGCCGGGUAAAGAAGACCACCAUGGCAACUCGGAAGGUCAUCGUCACCGUCCAAGCUCGACCUGCAGUGCCCAUGUGCUGGACUGAUGGCCACAUGGCACAUGGCAAUGAUGUGGUGCUGAAGUGCUUUGCCAAUGGGGGCACCCCACCUCUUUCCUACAAGUGGGCCAAGAUCAGUGGGCACACCCACCCCUACCGUGCAGGAUCCUAUCAUUCCCAGCACAGUUUCUACUCUGAACUGUCCUACCAGGAGUCCUUACACAGCUCCAUAAAUCAAGUUUCAGGUCUAUUGAACAACGGUGACCUGGUGUUGAAGGAUAUCUCCCGUGAGGACGAUGGGCUGUACCAGUGCACAGUGGCCAACCACGUGGGCUACAGUGUAUGUGUGGUAGAGGUGAAGGUCUCAGACUCCCGGCGUGUUGGCGUGAUCAUCGGAGCAGUGCUGGGCUCUUUGCUCUUGCUGGGCUGUCUGCUGGUGGGCAUCUGGGGGCUCAUCUGCUGCUGCUGCGGGGGAGCUGGGGCCGGCUGUGCCCGUGGUGCCUUCAGCUACAGCAACGGCGGCAGUGGAGGGGCCUGUGGAGACAUGGCUAAUGAGAUCAGAGAGGACGCCGUGGCACCUGGGUGCAAAGCCAGUGGGCGCGGCAGGCACCUCACCCACCUGCUGGGGUACCCGACUCAGACCGUCAGCCGUUCUCUGCGCCUCAAGUAUGCGCCUCCGCCCAGCGGUGGCCAGGAGGACGUGGCCCUGGCGACCCGCACAGCUGCUGCUGCCUGCGAAGCGGGCCCCUCCUCGGUCUAUGUAAAAGUCACCAGCACCGAGCCCACCGACUGCGCCCAGGGGUCACUGCCGGGCAAGGACGGCCUGUUGGUGUGAGCCAGGCUGUGCUCCGGCAGGAGAAGGGUGCCGGCUCCCUAUGUCGCCGCAGGGGACAAACUCGGGCUGCUCAGACCCCACCUGCCCAGGCCACCUGGAGGCUGUGGACUGAAAGCAUUUACCUUCAGAAAUGAGUAGGGAGGCAGAGCCUUGUCCCCAAAGUAGGAGGGGGCAGGGCGGGCAGAUAAUGUCUACCUGGAGCCCUCUCAGCAAAACCCGCCCCCUCUUCCCCCGCCCCAGGCUCCCGGAGAAGGAAGAAGAAGUGUCUGAAAGAGACUGAGACCAGAGAGGCCCAGUAUCCCCAGCCAAGGAAGAGGUCCCCAGGGCAGGGUGGGUAUGGGUCUGGCCUGAACUGAUCUGUGUGAGAUCUGAGCUCUGAGGCGGCAGUUUUUAACACAAUAAAGAAACUGUAAGACUUGAGACAGGUGUCUUUGGUUCCACGGAGUGUUGUGUAUGAGGUUGGAUGGAGGUUCUGCUUCGGUAUCAGGGAUGUCGCUCCCUGUCGUCCUGCACCUUCCUGCAUAAUUUCCUCUUUAGAUGGGGAGCAGUCAGAG